AUGGCUCUGUUCUUCCCUGAGCCCCUAAAAUUUCCUGAUGUCCUUGCAACCAUUCCCUCAUCCAGCCAGUCACCAACCCCCUCAUCCUCUGCUCUCCUUGUGGAUCCUGGCUUGUUGACAUGGCCACCUGCUUUGAACAAAAAGAAGUUGUGCAAGAAAGGUUCAGCAUGUCUUGGUUCAUUCUAUUGCAAACCUCAUGCUUUGUGCUGCAUCUGUGGGAUGUGUCUCAAGCACUGUGUGGAAAUUUUAGGUGGAUGUACCUUCCACCAGGCGAAGAGCAAUAACUGUGAGCCCACAGAUGAGGAAGAGCAACCCAAGCCUGAAUAUCCUUGGACUGACUAUGAGCUCCCUGUUGACAACAAGGGUUUUGGAUAUGAGGAGCUCCGACAAGCUCUCCAGGUCUUGCUCGCUGAACAAGGUCUUGAAGUACCAUUAAUUCCACCUCCAGGCCUUUCUUCAAUCCACAAGCUUUUGAAAUCUGUUCCUGGCCCUACCCCAUCCAAGUCACUUGCUCUUGUCCCUUCUCAGCUGUCUGACAAUCCUACUCCAGUGUCUCAGCAUAUGCACAGUAUACCUCCCGCAAGUCUUAGCAAGCCUUCAUAG